CCCAUCUAUUUUUUCUAUAGAGAGUCGUCGUCGCUCAAACACGUGCAUUGUGUACAGAUAUUUUUUCAGCUGAUCUCGCGAAAAGGUAAAACACAAUACAAAUGUCAACGGCAGACGUAGCGAGUACCAUUGUCGAGGAAGAGGAUCUAGGAGAUUGUGGAGGACAGGUGAAAGCUAUCAAAAGUUUGGAGGGAAAUGGCAUCACAGCUAGUGAUAUCAAGAAGCUGGAAGAGGCUGGAUUUUACACGGUUGAAUCUGUGGCAUACACACCAAAAAAAGUCCUGAUGACAAUCAAAGGAAUCAGCGAAGGCAAAGCAGACAAAAUUAUUUUAGAGGCUUCUAAGCUAGUUACUAUGGGUUUCAAAACAGCAGCUGAAGUUCACAUGAUCAGAGCCAACAUAGUUUACAUUACAACUGGUUCAGCCGAGUUGGAUCGUCUUUUAGGUGGUGGAAUAGAAACUGGAUCUAUCACUGAAAUUUUUGGAGAAUUCAGAACUGGAAAAUCUCAGCUCUGCCACACACUGGCUGUCAAUUGUCAAUUACCUGUUGAUAUGGGUGGUGCUGAAGCUAAAUGCAUAUACAUAGACACAGAAGGCACUUUCAGGCCAGAAAGAUUAAUUGCUGUUGCUGAAAGGUACAACAUUAGUGGUGACAACGUUCUUGACAAUGUUGCCACUGCAAGGGCUUACAAUUCUGAUCAUCAAACACAACUUUUGAUCAAGGCAAGCGCUAUGAUGGCAGAAUCGAGGUACGGACUACUCAUCGUAGACAGUGCCACUGCACUGUACAGAACAGACUUUGCUGGAAGGGGAGAACUGGCAGCCAGACAAAUGCAUUUAGCCAGAUUUCUUAGACUACUACUCAGAUUGGCAGACGAGUUUGGAUGUGCCGUUGUCAUAACAAAUCAAGUUGUAGCUACAGUUGAUGGAGCUUCCUCUAUGUUUGGAAGUGAUACAAAAAAGCCCAUUGGUGGUAACAUAAUAGCUCAUGCCAGUACAACCAGGCUAUACUUGCGCAAAGGGAGAGGUGAAACAAGAAUUUGUAAAAUCUAUGAUUCUCCUUGUCUUCCAGAAAGUGAAGCGACAUUUGCCAUUAAUCCUGAUGGAAUAGGUGAUGUUAAAGAGUAGGAGUAGUGUACUGUUAAUUACGCCUUACUGUUCCAUUUAAUUUUAUUGUAAAAAUAACCCCUAGACUAAUUUUAAAGAGUAAUGGAGCUGAUAGUUAUAAAUAAUAACAUUUUGUAACAUAUUUCACAAAUGACGCUUUAAAAUUCAAAAAUUUUCUUUCAUCUGACCUUCAAUUGUUUAUAACUUUAUUUUUAAAUGAUGUACAUGCGUUGCAAAAAAUAGACUGGCAAAACUAACGAUUUAGUCAAGUUUAACAAAAAAAAAAAACUUAGAUUUAAUCAAGACUUAUGUAUUAAGGCAAAAAAAGUAUGAAAUAAGUGAAAAAUAAUAAAUUUUAAAUAAACAAUGCAAUUACGAAUAAAAAUACAGUUACCCCGUCUUAAUAAAUACAUUUUGUAAUUAUAAGAAUUUCUAUUGUUAAUAUAUGCCUGAGCAUCAAUAAACGAAAAAAAAUUGUUUAUUCUACA